AGGGAUAUUCUAGUCAUUUAAGUACCCGCCAAAAAGAAACUUGCCGGAUUUAUUUUUUUAAUGUUCGUCAACCAACAACCCCCUCCUAAACCCAACACAAAAACAUCCUUCCUUUGAUAAACUUUCAAAAUUCUGACCACCACUACCCACAAACAUGUCCACCACCACUCCCACUCCCACCACCACAACCACAACCUCAUCGCAAAUUCUUCAACAGACAAGAACAUUCAUUACAGAAAUCCUCUCCGAACCAGCUCUCCGUCAAGAAAUUAUAUCAAACAUCUGCCGGAAAAUCAAUAAAAAAUCUACACUGAAUUCACUAAAUAAUGCAGCUGAUGCACUCGAAAACGCAAUCUCUUCAACCAACUCUACAACUACCCGAUACUCGUACCUCCGGUUAUCCGAUAAAAUCAUCCAAUCCUUCCGCGAGAACAAUCACAACUGUUUCUCUCUUUUUCUACAAUCACUAAUUUACAGUCUCCGUCAUCAACAUAUGGAUGCAGCAAUCUCUGUUCUUGAUGUUUUUUACACUGAUCCGUUACUAGCUAGAACUGAGAUUUCCCCGUCCAUUUUCGAAAAUCUUUUUUUAUUCUAUUUGAUUCCGGUUAUUCAAUUUCUUAAUGAACAAAAAACAAGAAUUUUACCAUCCCAAGAUUUUCAGCUUAGUAGAAAUAUUCAACGGUUGAGAUCGAUUUCUACUUCGGUAUCCGGAACCAGGACUUUAUCUAGAAUGAGUGAAGAACAAAGAGUGAAACUAAAGAGAGUAGAGAAAGAAUAUGAACUAGUUCUUGAUGAAAAUUGCAAAAAUCUUGUUUUGUAUUUCAAACAAAUACUUAGAAAUAGAGACCAUGGAAAUGCUGAGAUCGGUUCUGAUCCUCCUCCUCCUCCUCCGGUGAUAGUUCUUACAAACAAGAAAAUUGAAGAUGAUGAUGCUGAUAGUGAAGAUGGAGAUCCAAAAGGGAAAGUUGCAAUGGAUGAGGAAACUGGAUUCGGAUACGGACGGUAUAAUCCAAUAUGGGCAGAAAGAGGAGAUGAAAGAUCACUGGAAUUUUAUAGCAGAAAUAAUAGUGCUACUACUAGUACAAGUACUUCUCCCAUUAUUUACCCACAAAGAGUUUCUGCACAGUUCUUCACUAACCAAAUUACUACUUCGAGAUUGAAUUCAUUCAAGGAAGGUAAUUUGGAGUCGAACCCGUCUUCGGAUUAUGAUUCUUCUUCAUCUUCUUCGGAAUCUGAGCAAGAAUUAGAGGAAAACAACAGAAAACAAACAUUGUUUGAAGAAAACAAGACUGAAUUGCAAAAACAGAAGCAACCUAUGGUUGACACAUCCAGCUGUUCUGGUAGUCCAGUAAUGGAAGGAGACUCUUCUCCUGGUAGUGGAGAAAAACAUACUCCUCCCAAAGAUUUUGUUUGUCCCAUAACUAGUAAUAUAUUUGUUGAUCCUGUAACACUUGAAACGGGUCAUACUUACGAGCGAAAAGCGAUUCAAGAGUGGGUUGAGAGGGGUAAUUCUACAUGUCCCAUUACGCGUCAGAAGUUGCAGAGCACACAAUUGCCCAAAACUAACUACGUCUUGAAAAGGCUAAUUGCUAGUUGGCAAGAAAAGAAUCCUAGGCCUAUCCAUAUCCAACCUAGUAAUUCAAUUUCAAAACCCGAUCAAAUUGUGUUGGAUGCCAUGAAAUCUUUGCUGUCUCCGACAAGUGUAAUCAGCCAGGCUAACAUUGAUGGUACAAUUAACGAGCUACCUCUUGCUAUUGACCGUCUUUGUAUGUCAGAAAUUCUGAGUGAAUCUGAAGCAGCUGUUUUACAAAUUGAACGGUUUUGGUGUGGAGCUGAAAAGGAUUUUGAUAUUCAAAAUAUGUUAUCAAAACCUGCUGUCAUUAAUGGGUUUGUGGAGAUUCUUUUCAAUUCCGUUGAUCCUAAGGUAUUGAGGACUGCUGUGUUUCUCCUUACUGAGCUGGGAUCACGGGAUAAAAACGUCAUUCAGACGCUUACUAGAGUUGACUCAGAUGUGGAUUGUAUUGUUGCUCUUUUCAAGAAAGGUCUAAUUGAAGCUGUUGUGUUGAUUUAUAUGCUAAGGCCUUCUACGGCGAGCCUAUUUGAGAUGGGUGUGGUUGAAUCCUUAGUUACUGUCGUGCAGCAGAAAGAAGAAGAUAUGUUUGAGUUGUAUUUGAAACCAAAAACUGCUUCAGUGCUUCUUUUGGGUCAAAUUCUUCGUAAAGGUGAGGAAUCUAAUAAAUCAUCAACAGUUGUUCAGAGCAUCAUUUCUUCAAAUGCGGUUGGAAGUGUGGUCGAGAGGUUGCAGGCUGCACAUGCAGAAGAAAGGAUUUCAGCAGUUAGAAUUUUGCUUAGAUGCAUGCUGGAAGAUGGGAAAUGUAGAAACGUAAUUGCUGAUAAGGCUGAACUGGCUCCUAUCUUGGAGAGUUUCACUGGAUCAAAUGAUGGUGAAAAAUUCGAGAUAAUUCAUUUUCUUAGCGAGUUGGUAAAACUAAACAGGAGGACAUUCAAUGAGAAGCUUCUCCAUAUUAUAAAAGAUGAAGGUGCUUUCAGUACAAUGCAUACUCUCCUUAUUUAUCUGCAGAGCACAAAUCAGAAUCAAUCCCCCAUUGUUGCCGGUCUCCUUCUUCAACUUGAUAUUCUUGUAGAGCCAAGAAAAAUGAGUAUUUACCGUGAGGAGGCUAUAGAUGUUCUGAUUUCUUGCCUCAAAAAUGUUGAAUUUCCUCGCUCUCAAAUAGCAGCUGCUAGUACAAUUGUUUCCCUUCAAGGGAGAUUCUCUUACUCUGGGAAGCCACUUGCUCGAACUGUUCUUCUCAAACAUGCAGGAGUUGACAAAAAACGCACAAACUUUAGGCGAACUGAACAGUAUAGCCAAACUUUGAGCGCAUCUGAAGACAACUUGGAAGAUGAAAAUGCUGCAGAUGAAUGGGAAAGAAAAAUGGCUUUUGUUUUAGUCAGCCAUGAAUUUGGUCUUUUGUUUGAAGCAUUAGCGGAAGGUCUAGAGAGCAAAUAUGCAGAAGUAGCAUCUGCGUGUUUUGUGUCGGCCACAUGGUUGUCAUAUAUGCUAGCAAUUCUACCAAACACGGGAAUACGAGGAGCUGCUCGAUCUUGCUUGUUAAAGCACUUUGUCUCAAUAUUCAAAUCAACCAGAGACACUGAAGAUAAAGCUCUUGCACUGCUUUCUCUUAGGAGCUUUAGCCAUGACCCUGAAGGACUAGAGGAAUUAACUCUCCACAUGAAGGAUAUAUUCAAAGGUAUAAGAGAACUCAAGAAAACUUCAACCAUAGCAGCAGAGAUGCUAAAAGUUUUUGCAAAAGGACAAGAUUCUAGAACUCAAGAUCUUUGGACACAUAAAGAGUUAAUACAAGUAGAUUGCAGUAGUAAUGGUGAAGUUUCAUCCAUAGUUUGUUUCAACGACAAAAUUUUCUCAGGGCAUUCUGAUGGGACACUAAAGGUAUGGAGUGGUCACAGUAAACAUCUUCGUCUCAGUCAAGAAAGUCGAGAACAUUCAAAAGCAAUUACUAGCAUGACAGUUUUAUCAUCUGGGGAGAGACUAUACACUGGCUCACUCGACAAAACCAUAAGGGUGUGGUCCAUUGGGAAUGAUGCAAUACAUUGCAUACAAGUUCAUGAAGUAAAAGAACAGGUUAACAGUAUAUGUGUUGCCAAUACCAUUUCGUGCUUCAUUCCAAAUGGAGCUGGUGUAAAGGUUCACUCAUGGAAUGGAGAAACCAAGUUGCUCAACCCCAACAAGUAUGUUAAGUGCUUGAAACUUGUACAUGGGAAACUCUAUUGUGGAUGCAGUGAUGGUUGCAUUCAGGAAAUUGAUCUUGCUACCGGAACAAUAAGUACAAUUCAAACUGGUAGUCGGAAGUUACUAGCUAAGGCAACACCCAUCUAUGCCUUACAAGUCCGGAAUGGAUUAAUAUACUCUGCCAGUAGUCCUUUAGACGGAUCAGCUGUGAAGAUUUGGAGCACAUCGAACUUCAGCGUAGUUGGAUCACUUUCGUCUAGCAUGGAUAUACGAUCCAUGGCUAUAAGCUCGGAACUAAUUUAUUUAGGCUGCAAAACUGGAACUGUGGAAAUAUGGUGUAAAGAGAAACACACCAGAGUAGAAUCAUUACAAACCGGGACUAAUACUAAAAUUAUUUCGAUGGCUAUUGACAGUGAUGAAGAACAACUUGUUUUAGGAACUUCAGAUGGCAAAAUUCAGGUAUGGGGAAUGACCUGAACUGAAAGGCAGUAGAAUCAUGUCUAAGACCUCGACAACUUGAUUUUCAUUUUCAUUCAAUUCUUUAGGUAUUUCUAAAUCAUUCAUAUUGUCGGUAAACUAAUAAAUGUACAGUUAAAUUGAUUCUUAAGAAAUGACAUUUCCUGAAGGGGAUUUCCAA